AUUGUAGCCAGCUAGCCACCCAGCAUACACCUGCUCAUACAGCCAAUCGCUCUUCACUUCGCAGUUCAGAUAGUUCACAAUUGCAGUGUUUCUUGCACUGUAAAGCUGUGAGCCUCGUUGCUAACACCCUGUCUUUUCUGUGCCACCGGUGCACGAGUACCGCUUCCCAACCUGGUACCUAGAAGGCAAGACUAGCUCUGUAAUAACUUAUAGGGAGGGAACAGCGUGAUGCAAAUCUAUUGGAGGAGAAGCAAGCGGCAAGUAGACUCCAAACAGGAUUAAUGUAUAAUUGAUAUGACUUAAGAGCAUGGUGACAAGCACUCAGUGACCAUUGGAUUUUGAAAGGUAAAAAAAAAAUUGUAUCGUGUAUCGGUUCAGCGUUUCGGUGGGUUAGAUCAGUAGCUGAACUUUACCUUGGCUACCAGAAAGUGAGAUAACAGCUACGCACUAUCGGAAAAAGCUGCAUAAAAGUGAUUCCAAAUCCUCGUCUAGUUGGCCCUCUACUACAGAGGAAUUCUUCAACAUUACUUCAAGUGUAAAAAACAUUUUAUAGGAGAAAGUAAGCUGAAUAUUUGAACUAUCCUGUGAAUUGUUUGCUGCAGCUGUAUUCCGCUGACGAACUUUUCAAGAUCAAUCUUUUUUCGGGCUACAAGACAAAAUGGCUUCCCUGACAACGGCGUUGCCAAACGUUACCGGAAAUUACACUGAUGAUUACCAUUCACAAACUGUGGACGUCUAUGAAAUUGUUUCUAUGGUAUUCUUGAUUUCUUUCGGUAUGUUGGGUGUAAUUGGUAACGGGAUACUGGUAUGUAUUGUCCUUCUGAACCCUGAUAUGCGAUCUGUUCCGAACAUUCUCAUCGCAAGCCUUGGUCUUGGUGACUUCUUUGUGGUAAUUACUUCAGUACCUUUCAACUUAGUGUCUUACCUAUACAACUCGUAUCCGUUCAACUCUGCCGUCUGCAAGUUUUCUAGUGCCGUGCCUAUCGUGUCUCACGGUGUGUCGGUCUUCACGCUUUCGGCGUUAAGCUACGAUCGCUACAUGGCUAUCGUGCGACCCAUGCAACGGCGACAAUCUAACGCAGUGCGUCGAACCUACGCUGUGGCCAUUUCAAUCUGGGUAACAUCUAUCUUACUAGGCAUUCCAACAACCAUCCUUGCAAAGAGAGACCUUAUUUACCCGAGUGGUGUCGAAGUAGCCAUAUGCAAAACUCUGCCUGUAAACAUAACAGAGGAAUACGGAGCGAUUCCAACCGUCACGGCCAAGGUUCAUGAGGCAGUAAGAUGUUUAAUCAUGUUCGUUAUACCUCUAGCUAUCAUCAGCAUGUACUAUAUACUGAUAGCCAAGCAACUCGCCCAGAGUUCUCGGACAAUUCCUUGCGAAAACCACGGAGAUUCCAGACAGCUUCGAGCCCGCAGACGACUCGCCCGAACAGUUCUGGUUCUGGUCGUGAUAUUUGCCAUAUGCUGGAUACCUCACUUUAUGUACAGGCUCUGGUUUAAUUUUAGCUUCUCACUGGAGGUCUUCAGUUCGACUGGAAUGUUCAUCCUUCAAAUUGUCUCCGUUCUCAUGGUGUACGCAAAUUCUUGCAUUAACCCAAUCGCCCUCUGCUUUCUAAGCAAGACUUACCGACGAUACUUCGCUCGCUAUCUUUGCUGUCAGCGUAACCGCAAGCUGUCUCAUGUCCGAGCUACGCGGAUGAAUAUGUACCCGAUGUCACCAGGCACACCCACUAGCACAAUCUACAACAAGCGGUCAGUAGACGGGUCGCUACGAGGCUCUUCAGUGGAAACAAGAGCAUGUACAGUGUGAAAUAACAUGGAAGAUAAAGUGAGUGUUUACCCGACGCAAAUUCAGUAUCGAAAUGCAAUCCUGAGUUAGAUACAAGAAAAAGAAGGGUUGUUUAAAUUUUACUGAUGUACAGUUCACCGGGUGAAAUUUAAAAACAACUGCGUAAUAGGAAGGCAGGCAGUUAUUAGAACGAGAUGAAAUACAGAUGGUUUCCUGCUCCAUUGUUUUAUUCUUGAAUUCCAAAGGGGGGAGGGGGCGGAGACUAGUCUCAACAUGGAAGCACUUUGUUUACUAGCCCUACUGCUUACCAUGAAAGAGAUGUUUACCACGAAAUACCUUAUUUAAGGGCGAUGCGUACGGGUUUUUAUUGCCGCGGGUCACUUUUUUGGCCAGAGUUUGUGGAAUGAGUAAUUUGUGCUCGUAUGGUGGUUACAAUUGCCUGCAGUGUGUAAUUAAUUGCUGGAAGACUGCACAUACCUUGUGAUCAUGCAGUUGACUGACUGUAUCCGCCGCAUAAUUACCAGAGGUACAUCCCAGUGUACUUGAUAUACAGUACGUCUUGUUACAUUCUCGUUAUAUGGGCUUGCAGCUUGGAAAAACGGAGUUUUGAACGGAAGACCCAUGUGUUCAUAUACUUUAAGGAGUAUAGAUGAAAGAACACUAUUUGCUAUCAAUAAUUCGAAUACCAGCAAGUAAAAUAAAGGCUUGUGGAAAACUCAUUCACAGCAUAAACUGUUUUGCUAAUUAGUGUUGAAUGAACAAUCAGGGCAACUGAUGCAGAUACCAAGGGUGUUACUGAAAUCAAAACAAUCAGUCCGAAUAGAAAUGUUUGAAAAUGUGUGUUCACAAAACGCCCAUAAACGGAAGAACAGUCACUGCAUAGCACACAGAAGUAACUGUUUAUCGCGUGUGUUCUUGUACGUACGGUGCUAGGUUCAAAUCAAGUUCUGAAAAUAUACCAAAUACGCUGUUAAAUCACUUUAGUAGCUAGUAAGUAAGAUGACUUUGUAUUUGGCGUGGACUGCAUGGCACGUCUCACGUCUGGUCUAGUCGAAGAAAAACAACCUGAAGUCCUUGGUCACGUUUGUGUCAUUACAGUUGGUAUGUUCAAGGACUCUAUCGAUCGCACUGAGUCGCUCUCAGACAGCAAACCCUCAACGUGUCAGAUCUUCAAGGACAACCUGUUACUGAGUUGAUUUAAUAAAAUUUCCUACGUCGAAGUAUUGUUUUAUAGACAGCUAUCUGCUAGGGGACGCAUGCGUUUUUCAAUUGAAGGUAAUUGCAGCACGAGACGAAUGCAGCAUAUCAUGACAGUUCUGAAGAGGUACCAUCGGGAGAAAUAAUCUAAUCUUCUGAAGAAGGUUAGAACAGGAAUUACACUCGAGUGCCUAUAAUUUUUACGUUUUGUUCCCGAAGGAGAAAAUCUAUCAAAUUAUCGCUUUGAAUGUCUUAGUGUCUGCACUAAUACAUGUACAUGUAAUAGUUGUAUUUACGAGUUUGGCUGAUUUCGGCUCGGGAGAAAAUUCCUGUGUUCGUGCUGUGCACGUCUGUCGGUGUUAUUAGAUUUAGUUCACUGUUUGAUAAUUGUGAAAUCGUUAACAAAUAUACUAUUAUACCUUUUGCGUCAGUUGUGAGUCAAGUGUUGUGAAAACAAGUUGGAGGAACAUUCCUCGUCCGUGUACCCGUGGACAUCAUUAAUGAUCUAUCCAUGCUAUAUAUAGACAUUUCAGGGAAAUCAAACUUUUAGUGAUGAUGUAUCUUUGAAUUUGGAAAUGAAAAACGAAAAACAUCACUUGCGAUCAAAGGAUAAAAUGAUGGUUUAGACUUUCAAAUUUGAUAUAACAUUGAAGCUUUGUGUCUGAUUCGAUGUUUAGCAAAAGUAGUAGUGACAAGUAUUUGAAAACUACUUUGUGGAUGUUAAAUAAAUGCAUGCAUAACUGUAAUCCGAGAGGGUAUGACAGAUAAUAGCUUACACAUUUCUCAAAUUCAUUUACACCACAAUGGCCUGUGUACUGUAUUAUAAAAUCAACAAGAAGAUAUAUACUUGUCUAAUUUAAUGCUUUCGGUAAACAGUGGAAAUAUGGUAUAUUAUCUGAAAUAAGAAGCCGAUUGCAUACCACUUAAUCAAGUACUAUAUAUUUUGAUGAAGUCGUGUGAGAAUUACUGGGAUAUUUCUGUAAAUUUGAGCUCAAAUUCCGGAAAAUAAUUAUUGUUUCUAUUUGUUCUGAGUUGGUUUCGUCGUUUACAUCGUUUGCAUGCUAUCCUUCUGUGGCGUUGUGUACCGGAUUAACUUUGUAAAGACGUAAAGUCUAACAGCUAUUUCUAUCUGCAUGAAAUACAGUACAGUAUACUGUUGUAAAAAUAGUUUAAAAUACACUUUUGUAAAGGUUGAGACAUUACAUUUCAGGGAGAAAAUCAAUUUACUGUUAACAGGACACCAAGGCGCCAGGGAAAAGGUUAGGGGGAGAAAUAACAGAUGGCAAAGAAACUAUGUUGGGUUUUUAUUGAAAGAGAUAAAAAAUUGACGGGAAGCGUGUCAGUUGUACAAAUAAUUUCAAAAACUGAAUUGUUUUACUAAAAUUUUUGAUUUAUUUUUAUUGUUUCCAGACACAGACAUAUAUUUAAUAAUUUGUUUGCGAACAAACCGAAGCUGCCUUUUUAAUUUUAUUAACUUUGAUGCUUGAAAAUCAAAGAGGAUUUAGGUGCUACUCAUUUCUGUAAAACGUUUGUAACAUUACGGGCCUUGAGUAGAGGGUCCAUGGUAACAUUUCGUGGGUUCAUAACGUAAAGUGCUUUACCUUCUUUUAAAAACAGUGUCAACAGAGUUUGAAAAUCGCCUUAAACAGAGCAGCAAACUGAGAAAACAACUAAAGUUCUCCUGUGAACACGACCUGCCAACACAGUUGGCCCAAUUCAUGUUAAAUCGUAAUUUGAAGAGGAUAUGGAGCGGAAGAGGGGCUCAGUUUAUUUUGUAAUGUGUUUGGGCAGGUGCCGUUGCUAUAAGGGAAUUGAGUACCUUGUCUGUCCCCCCCCCCGAGUUCUCAACACAUGCACCUAACGUGCCAAUCCACACACUUUCUUUAAUACCUUUUCCAUAAAGCUGACAGUGGGAUUUUUCAGUUGCUAGGUUGCAAUAACUACCGACAUUAAAACAGUUGUCGUUUUUCCCAUUCCUAAAAAUCUUCAAUACGCUCAAUCGCCGUAAUCAGAUGGAGGAGGGAACUGUUUACGAGUUUUGCCUUGAAUAUAAAAUACGGUUAUAAUGCUCAACAUGCACGCUACCGUUAGUUUUCUGCUAAGUCUCUCCAAAUAGAAGCAGCUGCAGAGUGGCUAUCAAGAAAACAGAGAAAGGGAAUUCUAGCAACACUUGCAAUCGCGUGUCAGUAAUGCAAAAAUAGAUUAGACUAUUCUGAUCGGUACUUUGAGCAGAGAUAAAGUGUGACGAGUCAGAUUGAAAAACUAUAGUUAACAAACAAGGUGAAAUAGUGCGGUGACGUCUUGGAAGAGGUGUCCUAAGGUGUUCAGUUGUGUGCCUGACAACGGUACUGGGUGUCUCUGUUUUGGCUUUGCAUUUUAUUUUCCAAAGGGAUUAGUAAUCGUUUGGGGCGUGAGAGUAGUGUCUGGGAUGGAAAAGCUGUCUUGAAAUCCCAAUCCCAAGUUUAGCAUUAAUCAUUUUAAACAACGAUAGACCCCACUUUUACUUUACUUUAUCCUUGAUCAAUGCCGUUGAAACAUUGGAGCCGUCUUGAAAACAAUUCCAUCUUGUUUGUGUCAUUCAGCAAGCGUCGCCAGAAAGGCCCGAUCAAUCUUGUGAGAUUUAAGCUCGCAUCCCAUAUCUCGUUACCUUCCAUUAACCUGAUCAUUUUCUCGUUCCUUUGAGACUCUGUCUCCUUAAGACGUUCAAUUUUGAAUGGAUGAUAUCUAUAUCACUGCACGACCUGUCAUUCUCAUAAUACUUAAGAUUUCGUUUAUCUCAUCUUUGCAUCUUAUCGAAGUUAAAGGAUUUCAGAGCUGGGAAUUCUGAGGUUCAAUUGAAUAUUGUGAAGCGGACUCGAAUUUCUAAAUUCAGGCAAAAUGUUAAACUAAAAUCAUGUUUCUGGUGAAGAUGUUCUAAACUAUUACUUUAUGAAAUUUGCAUAUUAAUGAAAAGAAAACGGGGAAUAAUUGUGUUUUCCUUUCGCAUAUCCUUUGUAACAUUCAAACAGUAAUCGGCCUUCAAAAACUGUCUCUCGAAAUAAACGAAUUUCGAAUAUUACUUUUGGUUGAAAUGUGGUGGAACGUCAUGACAAUAUGACACAUGAGUGACAGCGUGAAGAUUAAAAAGAAAAGGAAUUUGGAAGAGGGGGUUGGGGAGAAAGUGAUGAAUGAACGAAACGACGAAAUGCAUGCAGUACGAAUUUCAAUUUAGAAUGUUGGAGGAUGGGUAACGCUACGCCUGAAAGGUCGCUACUUUGGCCAUAAAAAAACCUUUAUUUCGUAUAGUGUGAAAUGAUCUUCUGCAGUCGAUGGUGUGUAAUCUACUUAUUGAGGUAAAAUGAAAAUGCUCUUGCCUCCAAAAUAAUACAUCACAUUGUAAAGUUUGGUUGAGGGAGUGAGAAAGGCAAGAAAGAACUAACCAAUUAGUCAGGAGAGAACUUGUGGCGAUCGGUUGUGUUCCUUGAAAUAAUUUGAGAGAAGGCUGCAUGGAUAAAAGAUACAAGGAUUUGAAAGUGGAAGCGAUUGCCAUAUAUUGUGACGGCUGUACGCUUAAAAUGGAUGAAUAUUGUCAUAUGGAUUGAAUAGUCCUGAUGGAUUUUGCCAUUACACAUUUGGUUUAUAAUUCUUUGGUCUAUAAUUCGUUCGCACCUUUAAAUUUAAACCUCUCAAACUCAUUCACAAAAACAGCAACUGUAGGGAUGAAUUAAACAAACAAACAAACAAACAAACAAACAAACACACAAACAAACA